GUCGACCAACACGAAUGCUUCACUUACCAUCAACGAUCUCGUUCUUGCCUUCCUCUUUGACAUAGUCUCUUUCUCUGGGCUGUUAAGAGUGGUAUAAAUGUCUGCCCUCUUCAACUUUCAGUCGUUGUUGUUGGUCAUCCUCCUUAUGAUCUGCACAUGCACAUACGUGCGCGCUGUUGCUCCCAGACUGAUAGAUAGAAACAAGGAAGGGUUUCUUGGUCUAUUCUUUAUGUCUGCACGCAUCGGCGAGAGAUUGUCACCAUACGUCGCACUGGCAUGUAUCGCAAUGGCAGUCCGCAUACUGGUGCAAUAAUGAGCAUGACCCGAGUCCUUACCCCAAACCAUGCGGCGUCUUAAGACGUUCGAGCCUUUGGACAUAUACCAUGCUUGUCGAGCUUGCUCUCGAGCUUACCCACACUCUGUAUGUGAUCCCCCCUUGAUGCGCUCCUUCUUGUACAAUUUUGCACACAUGCUCCCGACACAUUCGGCCUCCA